AUGUCUACUGAAAAACAGGCAGUUGGAAGAAAAGUUGACGGUCUUCCGGUGAACCAACUAGCAACAGACUUAUCGGAUGAUUUAAAAAUGUCAGCCGGGUUCGGGUCUCUAGUGAAAGUAGCAUGCAUGCUGCUCGAUAAGUUUUCAUCGGACCCCCGAUGUGUGGACGAGUUCGUAGAGGAUAUUCCCACGGAUUUACAGAGCUUUGAUCCUCUGGAGAGGAAAUUCAUCCUGAAAGUUGUUUCUGGAUGUGUUGAGUAUGAAAAGCUGCUUGAUAUUGUUAUCAAUACUUUCUAUGGUCAGCAUAGAAAGUGGUUGUGCAAAAGUGACCGCAACCAGUUCAUCAUUAUCUGCUACCUCUGCAUGUUUUGUCUUGAUGAACUUGGACUUGAACAUUUUAGCACCAUAAUUAAAUCUCUGGGCCACUGGAAGAUGCACUUCUUUCUAGACUUUUUCUUCUCAAGCAUCACCACCUGGGUACAAGCAGAGUGGAACACAUUCUAUGAGCCUGAAUUUGUGGAGAAGCACUUAAUCACCAAUCUGCUCAGGUGGCGCCCUGAGAUCAAUCAUCUCAUGGAUCAGCUUUCAAAAAAAGAAAGGAGAGCUCGAACUAAACUCACCCAGUGUCAGGAUUUCAUCCUCUCCAAAAAUAAACUGCCAACCCCACCCAAAGAGGAGCUGAGCCCCCUGCCAGACAAGUUCACACCAGUACCAAGCAGUACUUACAUGACUCCAAGAGAACUGCAGAAAAUACAGGAGUGUAAAGAGAAGAACCAAAAAAAGGCUGAGGAACUUCUGCAUGCGAUCCACUUCACAUGUAGGGAUCCGGAGAAAUCAGAAGAAACGGAGAGUGUGAUUUCCCAGAUUAAGGCAGAAGGCAACGCCAAAAUGAAGUUUGAGUCUUUUCAUGCAAAAAAAAUUCCUUGCAGUAAUAUGGUGGGGAGCCACCCAGUCAGGCUUAAUAAUGCAGCUAUUUGGAGAAGAGAGGCUUUGCAUGACCGUUUGGUGAAGGAGGAGCUACACAGAAUAGAGGAACUGGUGCAGGGAUCGACAGACCUGUCGCCUUUCCUGCAGCGGCAAAAGGAGCUGGAGGAGCGGGAGCGCCAGGAGAAGAGGCAGAAAGAAGAAAGGACCCGUCUGGAGACUCAGAUCACCGAACAGGAGAUAGCUCUGACUCGCAAACGGAUUGCUGAGCAAAAACAUGAAGCUGUUCAGCGCAAGAAAGAAGAGACUGCUCGCGUCAUGCAAAGAUAUGCAAAAAAGCGGCUGAAGGAAGAAAAGGAAGUAAGACACUUAGUGCAACAAGUGAUGGAGGACAGGAUUAACUUAAAAGUAGCUCAAGAAAGGAGCAAGAAAAUAAAGCAGAAAAUCGUGAAAGAAGUAUCAGAGGAAAAUCAGGAGCUGCUUCGCCAAGCCCUCGAGGAACAAGAGGAGGAGCUCAGAAAAAAGUUUCAACUCGUCCACGAAAUUCGCGCCAUCAAGUCGCUGCAUAUCGUCAAACCGAACAACUUCAACGAGACGGAGACUGCAGGCUAUGAGCUGCUGGGUGAGAUGUCGCUGGCCGAGCUGAAGGAGAGGCUGGCGCUGCUGAGGCAGAACCAGCAGAAAGAGGAGGAGGAGCGACGCAGCAACAUCCUGCAGGAGAAGCUGAAGAAGCAGCAGCAGAUCCUGGAGACGCUGGACAACAUUAACCUCUACAGGCAGCUGCUGACGAAGGAAGCAGCCGACAGGAAAGAGGAACGGCGUGCCCAGCAGGAGCUCCUGAAACAGGUGGUGGCUGAGGACAACACCAUUGUGGCCCUGAAGAAGAAGCUGGAGGAUAAGAAACAGGAGUUACACAAAGUGAAGGAAACUGAGAGGAGCCGGGCCAAACCCAGCCAAAGGUUCGCCAGCAGAGCGUCUAGUCAGAGAGAGUUAAGGGAGACAACAUGGGAGGAACUGGAGCAGAGCUUAGCCCACUACGUUCAGGACGCUGAGUGAUUCAACCUCUUUGGAGAAAAACACGUAUAAACAUGUGAACGAUGCUCCCUGAUAUGAUUCAUGUUUCAUCUUAUCAUCAUUUUAAACCAUUCUGACUCUUUUUCAAUCCAUUAAAUCUGAUUAAAAACGU